GCGAGGGAGCGGGCUGCCGGCCUGCCCGCCAGCGAGUCGGAGCCCGGGGCGUGCGCCGCUAGCCGCCGUUGGGUGAGGAACGCGGCGCGGGAGCGCGUCCCCCAGCGCCGCCACAGCGGCUCUCCACAGCUCGAGCACUCCGCAUCCUAUCCUCCCCUCCCUCGCGCACCGGACUGGAGCUUGGGGCGGGGAGCGGAGGGAAGGAUCGAAAGAGGAGGCGAAGAGUGAGGGGUGGAGGGGGUCCCGGCGCGGGGCGUAGCGCGCCCAGCUUCUCGCUCUCCCGCCGCAGCCUCCGCCUCCUCGCCCGGUGCUUCGGCCCCGGGGCGCCAGCACUAUGCAGGCGGACUGCCGGCCGCCGCGAUGGCGAGCUGGGGGGUGGUGAGGGCUGGGCGCAGCCCUUCCCGUUCCCGAGUCCGGGCCGCGGCAACCGCCCCCGCCCCGGCCGCGCUCCCCCUCUCCUGCUCCUGCCUCCUCCCUCCCGGCUCCAACGCCUCCUCCUCCUUCCCCAUGCCUGUGUGCCUCCUGCUCUUACUCAUCCUGAUCCUGCUGCUCGAGGACGCCGGAGCCCAGCAAGGUGAUGGAUGUGGACAUACUGUACUAGGCCCUGAGAGUGGAACCCUUACAUCCAUAAACUACCCACAGACAUACCCCAACAGCACCGUUUGUGAAUGGGAAAUUCGUGUGAAGAUGGGAGAGAGAGUGCACAUCAAAUUUGGUGACUUUGACAUUGAAGAUUUUGAUUCUUGUCACUUUAAUUACUUGAGAAUUUAUAAUGGGAUUGGAGUUAGCAGAACUGAAAUAGGCAAAUACUGUGGUCUGGGGUUGCAGAUGAACCAUUCAAUCGAAUCAAAAAGCAAUGAAAUAACAGUCCUGUUCAUGAGUGGAAUCCAUGUUUCUGGACGAGGAUUUUUGGCCUCAUACUCGAUUAUAGAUAAACAAGAUCUAAUUACUUGUUUAGACACUGCGUCUAGUUUUUUGGAACCUGAGUUCAGUAAGUACUGCCCAGCUGGCUGUCUGCUUCCUUUUGCUGAGAUAUCUGGAACAAUCCCUCAUGGAUAUAGAGAUUCCUCACCACUGUGCCUGGCUGGUGUGCAUGCAGGAGUAGUGUCAAACAUUUUGGGCGGCCAAAUCAGUGUUGUAAUUAGCAAAGGUAUCCCGUACUAUGAAAGUUCUUUGGCUAAUAAUGUCACGUCUGUGGUGGGACAUUUAUCUACAAGUCUUUUUACAUUUAAGACAAGUGGUUGUUAUGGAACCCUGGGGAUGGAAUCUGGUGUGAUUGCUGAUCCUCAGAUAACAGCAUCCUCAGUGCUGGAGUGGACUGACCACACAGGGCAAGAGAAUAGCUGGAAACCUGAAAAGGCCAGGCUGAGGAAACCUGGGCCGCCUUGGGCUGCUUUUGCCACUGAUGAAUAUCAGUGGUUACAAAUAGAUCUGAAUAAGGAAAAGAAGAUAACAGGCAUUGUAACCACCGGCUCCACUAUGGUGGAACACAAUUACUAUGUGUCAGCCUACAGGAUUCUAUACAGUGACGAUGGGCAGAGAUGGACUGUAUAUAGAGAGCCUGGUGUGGAACAGGAUAAGAUAUUUCAAGGAAACAAAGAUUAUCACCAGGAUGUGCGUAAUAACUUUUUGCCACCAAUUAUUGCACGUUUUAUUAGAGUGAAUCCUACCCAAUGGCAGCAGAAAAUUGCCAUGAAACUGGAACUGCUUGGAUGUCAGUUUAUUCCUAAAGGUCGUCUUCCAAAACUUACUCAACCUCCACCUCCUCGGAACAGCAAUGACCUCAAAAAUACAACAGCCCCUCCAAAAAUAGCCAAAGGUCGAGCCCCAAAAUUUACACAACCACUGCAACCUCGCAGUAGCAACGAAUUUCCUACACAGACAGAACAAACAACUGCCCCUCCUGAUAUCAAAAAUACUACGGUAACUCCAAAUGUAACCAAAGAUAUGGCCCUGGCUGCCGUCCUUGUGCCUGUGCUGGUCAUGGUCCUUGCCACUCUCGCACUCAUGUCAGUGGGUGCCUGGCAUUGGAGAAACAGAAAGAAAAAAACUGAAGGCACUUACGACUUACCUUACUGGGACCGGGCAGGUUGGUGGAAAGGAAUGAAGCAGUUUCUCCCUGCCAAGUCGGCGGAGCAUGAGGAAACCCCAGUGCGCUACAGCACUAGUGAAGUUAAUCACUUGAGUGCAAGAGAAGUCACCACAGUGCUGCAGACGGACUCCGCAGAGUACGCACAACCUCUGGUGGGAGGAAUUGUUGGCACACUUCAUCAGAGAUCUACCUUUAAACCGGAAGAAGGAAAAGAAGCAGGCUAUGCUGACCUAGAUCCUUACAGCAACCCAGGGCAAGAAGUUUACCAUGCCUAUGCCGAACCACUGCCCAUCACGGGGCCCGAGUAUGCAACCCCGAUCGUCGUGGAUAUGUCGGGGCACCCCAUGGCUGCCAUUGGUGUACCCUCAACAUCCACUUUCAAAACUGCAGGGAACCAACUUCCCCCUGUAGUGGGAACAUACAACACUCUCCUCUCCAGGACUGCCAGCUGCUCCUCAGCCAUGGCCCAGUAUGACACCCCAAAAGGGGGGAAGCCAGGCCCGAGUGCCCCAGAGGAGAUGGUGUACCAGGUGCCACAGAGCACCCAGGAGGUCUCAGGGGCAGGGAGAGAUGGCGAGUGUGAUGUUUUUAAAGAAAUCCUUUGAAGGUGAUGCUGCUUUUUUACAAAGCAUCGUUUUAAAGCACAUGACCUUUUUUUUUUGUAUUAGUGGUAGUAAUAUAUAGAAUGUACUACAUAUCUGUCACAUGUGGUUGGGGAAAUGUGGUGACCGAGGUACAGGGAACUACUUGUUUUAAAGGUGUUGUUAUGGCACAGUACUGCUUACCUUUCAAACAUCCUGUUUGUUACUACUGUAAAACACUAUUUUUAAUACAGAAAAAGCUCCCUACUAUGCACUUCAAAGAUAUUAAGAGUCACUGAGAGUAUUUAUUACCAAUGCUGCAGGUACAUUGAUGAGCUCAAGAUGGCUCUGUAAGCCUGACGGGCAAUAACGUGUGGUACUGUUGAAAUGUCUAAUGGCUUGAAAUUCUGCUCUCUGUGAAAGAUGGGUACUAUCAUGAUUGCUUUCUCUUCUUUUCCUGUAUUUUCUGGACUUUAUUUUCCCCUGAAAAUAGUGAUAUGAUCAUUGUUUUGAUUGCAGUCAAACACUUACCAAUCUUCCCUAGGAGGAUCUGUAGCUGGGAAACUGACCUGUAAUGAGCAGGGUAUUGAUUUUUUUACUUUCUGACAGACACUCUUCAGAGCAUUAACACUUGACGGUACAUGACCUGGUCUCACACCUGCUGGCCCUGCCUGGGGUCCCUGCUGGCCAGCCCCAUUCUCAUGUUCGUGAAAUGUUUUGAGUUUUUUCCAUGGGUGAAGCUUGCUUUAUCAGCCUCAUGAAUUCAGUUCCACUGGUGUCUUUAUACUCUUCAUUGUAGGAACAGGAACAACUUGACAGUUUUUAGAAGCUAUAGGAGCUUCUCUCCCUAUGCCCCCACCCCCUACUACCAACUUUAUUUGCAGUGGGAUUUUCCAGGGAGAGUUGUGAGAAGUUGAAGGCUUCUAAGUGAACAUUGUAAACACUGCCCACUUAUAUUUCACAUAGUAAAAGGCAAAGCAAUCCUCAGAAGUCAUACAAGUUACCUUCAAAAAAAGGGGAAACCAGCCCUCUUUGUUUUCUUUGAACCUCAGUGUAUUUUAUUUUUAAUUUUUUAAAAUUUCAGUUUUCCAUAAGAAAUACAAACCCCACAUGUAUUCUUCAUCUGUGUGUGGUGGGAGGCGUGAAUGUCCUUCAUAGCACGCCAGGAGAACAGCUGUUAUAGCAUCCUAGCCAGUAAGUAGUGCUGUGUUUUUGAUACCGCUGGGCAACUUCUUUGUCAUCAUUUGCCCAGAACUAGUUUUAGAUCAGCAAAAUAAAAAUCAUCUGCAAUAAUAUUAGCCUAUGGUAGAAAAACCAAUUUUAAAAGUCUUUACACUAGCAAGACGAUAUGAGAAGCUGACCAUACAACUAAAACAUAAAUUGACGUUGCCUUGUCCAUAAACCUCAGUUUGCAGACUUAAUAUUGUAAUGUACUUUCCCAUCAGGUUCUAGCCAUUUCUUUCGGCCUGUAGCACCAGAUUAUGAUGAUGCCACAAUUUGCUAAAUUUGAAUAAAGAUGAACAGUGUUCAUCCAUGGGUCUAUCAGUAUUCUAAAA